GAUUUUGCCGGUUCAUGUCAAGGGCCAAAGACCGGUGCCCCACGCUUCAAGUUAAUAUAACUCACUCAUUCGACGGCAGUUGCACAGUAGGGAAGCGACUCCCUGGAAAUUACAUUUGACACACCUGUCGUCAAUUGCUUACAGCUGAGCCGGAGUAGUAACACAAGACCGAGUAGGAUACUUCUCUCACAAUAUUGGAGGACAGCUAAAGGAGCUCCGGGAGACAUGGAGUUCAAGGAUCUAACGACCAGGGUCGGACUCUGGUAUGGGAACUUCAUGAAUAAUGCAGACCCCAGGACAGAAGACUGGUUUCUCAUGUCAUCGCCGCUCCCCCAGACCGUAGUAAUCGUGGCGUACAUCUACUUUGUGAAGCGGCUGGGGCCCAGGCUCAUGGAGAAACGCAAGGCCUUCCACCUCAAAGAAGUUCUCAUCAUCUACAACUUCAGCGUCGUUGCCUUGUCCCUCUACAUGUGCUAUGAGUAUGUGAUGUCGGGCUGGGGGACGGGCUACACGUUCCACUGUGACCUAGUGGACUACUCGGACUCGCCGCAGGCAGUGAGGAUGGCAGGGACGUGUUGGCUCUACUACUUCUCAAAGUUCAUAGAGAUGUUGGAUACGAUCUUUUUUGUUCUGAGGAAGAAGAACAGCCAGAUUACGUUCCUCCAUGUCUACCAUCACUCCAUAAUGCCCUUUACCUGGUGGUUUGGUGUCCGCUUCGCUGCAGGUGGCCAGGGGACGUUCCAUGCCCUGUUGAACUGUGUGGUCCAUGUCAUCAUGUACUCUUACUACGGCCUGUCUGCCCUGGGCCCCGCCUACCAGAAGUACCUCUGGUGGAAGAAGUAUCUCACCACCAUUCAGCUGAUCCAGUUUGUGAUCGUGACCACCCACAUCUGGCAGUAUUUCUUCAUGAAGGACUGUCCCUACCAGUUCCCCAUCUUCAUCUACAUAAUAGGCCUCUACGGCCUGGUCUUUCUCCUCCUCUUCCUCAACUUCUGGUACCACGCCUACACCAAGGGUAAGAGGCUGCCCAAGGUGCUUCAAGCCAAAACUUGGGCCCACCCCUACAAUAAAACUAAUGGCCAAUACAAUAGUGAAAUAACCAACGGGAAUGGUUUCCAUCACGACAAGAAUGAGUGACAGGGUGUCCAGCAGAUCAGGCUAAGGAUUGGGGGUUGAAUGCAUUUGAAUAUCAGCCUAUUCAGCAACUGAAAUUAGACAUGGAUUUCCAAUAUAAAAGUCAGCACACCUUUGAUUUCAAAGAGAAUUGACACCAACCCUCUGGACCUUCUGAUCUCUUCUGUUCUCUCUGCUAAGGCGCAAUCUCUUCUGUUCUCUCUGCCAAGGCGCAAUCUCUUCUGUUCUCUCUGCUAAGGCAAUCUCUUCUGUUCUCUCUGCUAAGGCAAUCUCUUCUGUUCUCUCUGCUAAGGCGCAAUCUCUUCUGUUCUCUCUGCUAAGGCGCAAUCUCUUCUGUUCUCUCUGCUAAGGCGCAAUCUCUUCUGUUCUCUCUGCUAAGGCGCAAUCUCUUCUGUUCUCUCUGCUAAGGCGCAAUCUCUUCUGUUCUCUCUGCUAAGGCGCAAUCUCUUCUGUUCUCUCUGCUAAGGCGCAAUCUCUUCUGUUCUCUCUGCUAAGGCGCAAUCUCUUCUGUUCUCUCUGCUAAGGCGCAAUCUCUUCUGUUCUCUCUGCUAAGGCGCAAUCUCUUCUGUUCUCUCUGCUAAGGCGCAAUCUCUUCUGUUCUCUCUGCUAAGGCGCAAUCUCUUCUGUUCUCUCUGCUAAGGCAAUCUCUUCUGUUCUCUCUGCUAAGGCGCAAUCUCUUCUGUUCUCUCUGCUAAGGCGCAAUCUCUUCUGUUCUCUCUGCUAAGGCGCAAUCUCUCAAAGCUUUGACCCAAUGCUGUACUGUACUUUUGUAUUACAUAUUUUCAAUUUUUAUACCUGUGCAUUCCUUUCCUGUUCAGGGUGAGUCUGUGUUUUUAAUAAACAGAUUUUGAAUGUUAGAUAAGUGUUAGGUUAGCCAAUGGUGAGACCGUUCAGUAGCUUUGUCUAGUUCUGUCAAACCAGCCUGAAUAACCCACACUUCCUAUGACCUGUUCUCCUCUGCUGUUUAGAAUUGGUGCUGAAGCUCUCUAGUUUUGGCUGCAGGAUUCAGCUUUGUGACCUUGCGUUCAGCUGUUUUUUAUUUUUCAAUACCUGUAGUUUUUAUACAUUUGUUUGUACAUUUAAUUAUAAACAUUUAUGUAUUAUGUUAUUGGAGUCUAGCCUUGAGGAUGAUUUUGUCUAUCGGCCAUCUCCCAGUAAUGGCCUGAAUUAUUUCCUGGGCCUGUUCUCAUGGAUGGGAAAAACUCUGGGCCCUACCCAUAGUACACCUGUAAUGGUGGAGGGGUAUAGGAAAACCAUUGUGCCAGUAAGAACUGAUGUUUACAUGUAUACUGAGUGGAGCAUAUUCGUGGUGACCCCCUCUUUUGUAAAUUCCUCACCCACUUCUCUGGUUUGAGCCACAGCCUCUACUGGUGCUGAGAAAUGUUCAACGCCAACCUGCUCCUGAUGACAGUUGUUGGCCUACUUUAAAAACUGUAUUUAUGUCCAACAGAAAUGACGGUGUGUAUUUGAAGCCAGAUAGGAAGGAGGUAGUGCAGUACUGUUCUUGCAGGAUCCGGAGCAGAGCACAAGUUUAGCUUUAGCUCUGUCACAAGCAUGGCACAAUAUUUGAAAAACAGUAGCCGUUGUUUACCACUACAUGCAUAUUCGUUAAAUCUUCUGUUCCAAAUUGAGUUCAGUUCAGUUAUGACUUGCUAUGCCAUGCUUAUGACAGUUUAAAGUGGACUUUCUCAUUGAGUGUUCAUAUUUGGUGCUCUCCUGGUGAUUGAGGACACCGCAUUAGCUGAGUGUAGGAUGGGCCUCCACAGGUGUAGUAAAACACCAGUGCCUUGGGUGCAGGCUGAGUCCAAUAAGCAACAGCGAUCUAGCUGAUCUGCAAAUGAUUUGCUGAUGUUACCCAUGUGGGUUACGUACCAUUCAGUGCCUUUGUCAGAGCCCCUCCAGCUCCUUGAUGUAGUUAUGAGUGUCCUCCAGACAUGAUGCCACAAUCAUUCUGUAUAAAAAGUCAUUUGUAAAUGUAAUAUUUGUAUUUAUGAUAAAAAUAAAUGCUCUUUAUACUGUUA